UUUUAUCAGGUCUAGGUAUUAAUUAGUGAUCAUGAUUAAUUAGUAAUUGUCAGACAAUUGUUGGUUGUUCUGGAAGCCAUCAGUAGUCAAUGAGUCAUUCUUUUAAAUAAUCCUUGUUCAAACUUGCAUCAACGCUUUUCACAAUACUGCAACAUACUAUACCUUAUGGUUAGAAUGGAUUUUAAAUGACCAGAAAUCUUUCAUUGGGAAUAUUCACUGCAUUGAAAAAUGGUUUCGCCGACUCUUUCGUCUGGGCAGAUGGCUGUAUAUAUACUGCUCCCAAUCAUUUCGUUUACAACCAUAGUUAUUGUGGUAUAUUACUGCUAUCGACGUCGAAAAUGUUGUUUCUCUACCAAAGAAGAGGCCUUGUUGGGAAAUAUGAACAAAAAUAGAUUCACAGUUGACAUGGGAAAACGGAAACGACGCAGCAGUUCGAUGAAUUCCAAUUCAUGGGACAGUUUUGAUCACGAAUAUCAACGAAGCUUCAGUAGGAAUCAACACAUCAAUAACAAUUCUGAAAAAGGAGUAUCAACUAUUAUAUCAAUUGGAACUCCACGACCUGAUAUAAAAAGGUCGGCGGUUGUUGGACAAGCGGCUACCAGAGACACAAACCUAUUAUCAGGGGCUUACCAUCCACAAAGACGAGCGACGUCGCCGGCACAAAGUUUACCCGAGAGCGGCGGCAAAUCGCCGGUUGACUAUAAUUCAAUAUCGGACUUGUAUGCGCGACAUCAUAGCUACGAAGCAGCAGUUUCUGCUAGACGAGUGAAUGAAAACUUCUCAUACAACACUAUAAUUGACAAAGACAUUCAAGGAAACCUCAGAGAUACAAAGGCAACUCCAAACAAUAGUUUAGUCUCCGAAAAUUAUACAGUGGUGGCUCAUCAAGGAAUCCCGAGCCCACGACGAUUGCGACAUCAGAAUAGAGUGAAAGGCAAAGAAAACGAACCAUCUUUUUCGAGGCCUACAAAUCAACCUCGAGUAUCAUUGAUUAUUUCUGCUGUAGAAAGCCUUGACUUUGAUUCGUCCGACGAGUCGGACUUAGAUACAGACACUAAAGGGCGAAAGCAAUUAUAUUCGCCAUCGGGGGGAGAGAUCAAGCGUGAGAAAAGUACGAGUAAUAAAGACGAAUUACAACCGGAACGGGCAAGAAAAAUAUCAGCGUCGUUCGACAGAGAUCGAAAAUCUCCGUCUACUCAAUACAGUGGUCGAUCGUCCCCAGCUAUUCUCGAAGCAGUAAACGAAGAGGAAGCAGUUUUUCCAGCGAAAUCACCUACUACAAGGUCGAGAUCAUCUCCUGUUGGUACACAUCAGUCAUCAUUAGAUAUGAAUGCACUAUAUGCUGCACUAGGACAACAUCGAAAAUCGGAAGGAGAUGUAUUCGGCGGAAGAAAAAACGAUGACGAGAAUCCGUUCCAUCAAGAAGGUCUGCAAAGAGAUCGCACACGAACGGAGUCGCAAUCAUCAACAACGGGCCUGCCAAGCGCGAAAUCACUUGGAGAUCAUUCACCUAACAGCUCAACACUCUCAGUGAACAAAGAGACAUUCCCAGGAAGACAAGGACGCCGACGCAGUUCCAUGCAAAUGCCGAUAGAUUUGAGUCAAAUAAAUCCCAAAUUGUACGAGCAUACUGAUAAAUUGCCCAGCAUGGACUCUGAAGAACCAGAUGUUGAAUCACCACAAAUUCAUUUUACACUGGACUAUAACAAAGAUCUAGAAGUUUUGAUCGUUAAAUUGAUUCAGGCAAGAAAUUUGGAAAGUCAGGACUUCAGUGGCACUUGUGAUCCAUAUUGCACUGUGACAUUACUGCCCGGAUUUAACGCUCGACAAAGCAAAGUGCACCGUCGCACCACAGAUCCGGAAUUCGAAGAAAAAUUUUCAUUUUCAGUGAAGCUUGAGAAUAUGCGAUUUAAAACAUUGGAGAUACGCACAUACGAUUUUGAUCAGUUUUCGAGAGAUGAAUGUACAGGAAUCAUGCAGAUGAAAUUGGAUGUUAUAGAUUUCGAACUAACUCCGCAUUACGACUUGUGGAAAAAGUUCGAAGUUCAAGAUCUGCAAACGUCAGAAUUGUCUGAAACUUGUGGAGAUUUACUGUUAGCUCUGUCUUAUCUUCCAAGUGCUGAGAAGUUGACUGUAGCUAUACAGAAAGCAAGAAAUUUAAAUUCUCCUGAAGGUCGAAAAGGUCCACCAGAUACAUAUAUUAAAGUCAGCAUAUUUCGCGGAAGUCAAAGGUUGAAGAAGAAGAAAACUGACACGGUACAAGCGACACACAAUCCGGUGUUCAACCAAGCUCUUACAUUCAGUGUAUCGCCGACAUUAUUGCAAUGUCCCCUUGUUCGUAUAACCUGUCAAGCUGUCCACGAUCAGAAGUUAUCAUCUAAUGCAGAACUAGGAUUUCUGGAAAUUGGUCCAAGUUCGAAAUGCGAAGAGGAAUUAAAACAUUGGAGAGAUGUCUCGGGUAAACAUUCCAAUAAGCCAGUGGCAAGAUGGCACAAGCUUCACGCACCAGAGGCAAACAAUGAUGAUUCAAAAGGAAGCUUCCUGAACCUUGCAAACGUCCGAAGAUCAAGUAGUUCUGUGCUGUAUCCACAGAGCGACAAACCGGAAUCGGGAAGAAUUUCUCCGUCAGUGCGAAGGUCUUUGACGUAAACAGAAACAUCAUUACGUCUAAGUCAAGGCCGGAAAAUGUUCGAGAUGAAAAUGAAAUUAUUCUAAAUACGCUUGUUGUAACGGAGUGCGCGCUCACUGUUGUCUUCCCACUAGCCCAAACAUUGUCUACAUAAACAAAACUUCCUAUACGCCAAAUAAUUGAGAAUGAGCUCAACAUGAAUAUGCCGACUAUGCGAAGUUUCGUUAUGUGUAUUCUAAAAUAGUUUGUUAUCGUUUUGUUAUAUUUCUAUAUAUACAUAAGAAGUUCCUUUGCACAUCUUUUCCUUACAUUACCGGUAAAUCUUCAAUAUGACAUUUUUGAUGAACACCAAGGAAAGCAAACAUUUAUUACACUCUUCUCAAGUGCACACCACAUCUAACAGAAAAUACUAUUUUCCUUUAAUAAUGAGGUGCACAAAAAAAUUUAUCGAGCCUGGUGCAACUGUUUGUUUAUUUUUAAUUUUCAACUUUAGUCAUUAUAAUAAUAAUUAUCUCAUUUGCUAUUAAUUGCAAAAUGUUGGAGAUUAUUGUCUCAUAAAUCUAAAAUUUCGUUAUUAAAACGUACUUGAAGUUGAAGAUAUAUUAGAUGAGCACGAACACAAUCAAAUGGACAUAUUGAGCAAAUCUGAUAUUGUGCUAUUCUAUGUACUCGCGGUAUUAUCAGGGUAAUGGCGCAUAAUAAAUUUUCAUACAGCCAUCGA